GCCAGCCGCGGCAGUUCGAAGCAUCUGUCAGCUCGUCCACCCCAUCAGAGGCCGACGCUCCCUGGGUGCUGAGUCAGAGUCAGCCCCUUCAAGAGCUGCUGCAGUUCUUUGCCAAGACGCACCAUAGCACAGUUCCCAUAGUGGAGGAUGCGAAGGGCCUGGUUUACAACCUGAGCAGAAGGGAUUUGCUUUCCUACUUGGACCUGGGCUUGCAGUCAGCCGCAAGGGACGAAGUGGAGAAUGAGGAGCGCAUUAGCUUGGAUACCUCCGUGCCCAUCGAGGUGGUGGUCAAAGCCUUGAAGAGAUACAAACAGGACGAGAGCGUGUUGACGGGAAACAGCUCGUCCAGUGCGCCCACAGUUUCCUCCUCAAUGAUCCAGGAGCAGUCCCUGCUGGAUGGUCUGUUACCGAUGCCAGAUAAGGACCCAAAGAGCCAGACGGGCUUCCCUGGAGCAUAUGUCUCGCACGAGAAGGAGCUGACGAUCAAAGAUCUCAUCCUGCGGUUGCUGGAGGCAGAGAACCGCAAAGUGCUCCUCGUGCAGGAGAAGCCGCCCAAGCUGCAAAUCAUCUCAGCUGGCGAUGUGUGGCGGCUGCUCAUUGGCCAGGACUUGAAGCCGGGGGAGACUGCAGUCUGA